AUGAUCGCCUUCAACCUUGUUGCUGCCGUCGCGGUCUCCCUCUUCUCGUGUCUUGCACUGACACAUCCCGCCACCACCAGCGAGAAGGUCGUCCUCGUGAAUAUCACUACCCACUCCCUCCAGGUGCCACCUCACAUUCUCCAAAAGCGUUAUUAUAAAAUGAAGCCCUGGGACCCGCCAUAUAAAGGAAAGCCACCGCCCUGGCCGCCACAAGAGUCCGCAGCCUUCCCUGUCCCCAGCUUCAACCGCACUUGCUCCACCGACACUCGGGUCGCACUCUGGAAAUGGCGCUACCUCUGCGACCGGGCCAACGAUGAGUCGCUCAAGACGACCAACCCGCGAACCCGGAUACAAUUCUGCUUCCACCCUCGUCCCACGGAGGCGCUCUGCUGCGACGCCGACGGCAACGCCAAGUACGGCCAAACCUGUCUCAGCUCGCCGCUGUGGCCCCAGGACGACGCGGAGGCCGCCUGGUGCGCCAAGUGCCGUCUGUGGGAGGCGCCGUGCGUCUUCGGGGACUACCCGGAAAUCAACAACCCGGAGAACGUGUGCAAGUGUCAGUUCGAAAAGUGCUACAUUCCCGACGACUUCAACUGGGAGGGCAUUAACCCCGAAACGGACCGCAGCGGAUACCCGGGCUUGAAGAAGACGUCCUAUCUGCACGACGUGAAGACGUGGUACGGGUUCUUUUCGAUACCCAAGGAUCAUGUUACCAUGGCCGAUUUGGAGGAGGCGGAUUGGUUGUGA